UUUGGCAGUUAGUUGUGAUGACUCUCCUUAAUGUACAGACAUACAUACCUCCAUCCUCUACUUUCCUCCUCUGUUUGUAUUUUCAUAGUUUCCCUGGUUGUUCUAGCUAAUUCCUUCUCGUGUUGGUCUGGUUAUAUGGAGGUUGUUGUAAGGUUACAACUAAAAAAGGGACUUUUGUUUUUACAGUUAUGUAACUUUUAGUAAUGGGCCGCACAUCUCAGAAUUGGUGAAGCCCCAUCUGUGUAAAAUCAACACAUUUAUGAAGAUGUUAAACAUUAGCGACACAUCAUAAAUGUCGCAUCUCAACUAUUCUACAGAUAAGGGUUUAUUAUACAUCUCUAGAUUUUCCUCUACAUCAUUCGGAGUGCAAGCCUUAAUUAGCGCUGUUGAUUACAAUGCCUUGGGCAGUUCAUGGUCUACUGCACUCUGGAGUCAGAGUCGAUAUUGACGUGUUCCAAAAUCGUACACGCAGCGCAGCACGUCUGCUGCUACGAGCUGUUUGGCGGACCAGUAGAGGAUAGAAUGACAACACAAACAGUAACAGUGACCACAAGAAAUAAUAGAGACUUGCCCAGGGUUUAUUUGACCACAUCUGGGGAAAAACAAUUACCUAAACCCUCGUAACUAAGAGAAAGACCGUAAUCUCCUCAAAAUCCAUCACCAUGCUCCUUGGUUGUUCCCAGAUUAAUUUAAAGGGAUUAGUCAUAAUCCUGGAUGUUUAAUUAGAUCCAGCAGAGACCGAUGAUAUCACACGACGCACGUCACAUUAGAAUGAUCUGAAAGGUCAUCGGGUUGGGAUGAGAGGGGGAGGAAUGAUGUAAGAAAUUAUACUGAGGGAGAGGUAACCAUCUGGUGGAAGAAGUCCCUCCGUAUCAGAGAUCUGUCAUACACCCACUGACCCACAGCUGGAUUUAACGUUCUAGCAAUCCCUCAAAUUUCACAUACAGCGUAUGACUAAAUGAUCAGGACAAAAGGAGGAACACGAAAUCAACUUCCUGAGCCCUCGGCAGCUCAGCUGCCACACAGAGCACAGGAAUCUACAGUAGUCUCUGUGAUGGUUUCCACCAUGAUGUGCAGCAGGGUGACAUUACACGAGCCCCAUAACGGAGACUACAGGAGUCCUAUGAGAAUUGCCCCUCGCAGGAACUCUAUUCCCCCAACAAAGGCUCUCACAGCCAAACAUCUCCUGGCAUACCCUAGACCACCCCCAGAGUCAACACGCUUUACCCCAUAUCCAAAGAAGGUUGUAGCAAAAACCAACAUGGCCAUGAUGAUGCUCCACUCCAGAAGAGCCUCUCUCUUCCCCAGCACAAAUAACUUCCCAGCUCUCCCACCCCAGCUAGUCCCCUCUGCAUCCCCCCAGUCACAUCCCAAGACCCCAGCCCCCCAUAGGGUUGUUGCAGGAUUGAUCAGCCGGGAGGUAGACACCGGCCAGUACAUCAUUCCCACUGAGGAGCCAGAGGAGCCUGUCACUGCUCAUCAUGCUCACCGCAGACGCCACCUCAAGCGCUUCAGCUCCAGGUGGUACUCAGGCGCUCCUUCUGGUGGCCCCUUUGAUAGCACCCAUAGCCCCAACCAAGGCACAAGUGGUGAGAACAAGCCCCACAAGCCGCGCUGCAAACUUCUAGGUGAAGGGAGGCCAAAUUACGGUACCGCCAACAAGCAGCGUCAACGCUACGUCACCAAAGACGGGAAGUGCCAGGUGAACCUGGGCCCCAUCGAGGACAAGAGCCGUUUCCUCUCAGACAUCUUCACCACUCUGGUGGACCUGAAGUACCGCUGGUUCCUCUUUGUCUUUACCAUGUGCUACAUUGUUACGUGGGUGGCCUUCGCAGAGAUCUACUUCCUAGACGCCUGGCUGAGGGAUGACGUGGCCCACGUCCAUGACCCGCAAUGGCAGCCGUGCUUCGAGAACGUGGACAGUUUCAUCUCCGCCCUGCUUCUGUCGGUGGAAAGCCAGAGGACCAUUGGCUACGGCUCCAGAUUGGUGACGGCCAACUGCAUGGAGGGAGUGGUUCUCCUCAUGGCCCAGUCUAUCAUUGGCUCAAUCAUUGAUGCCCUCAUGGUCGGCUGCAUGUUCGUCAAAAUCUCCAGGCCUCAGAAAAGGGCCCAGACUCUGAUCUUCAGCAAACACUGUGUCAUAUCGGAGCGUGACGAGAAACUCUGCCUUCUCUUCCGCAUUGGAGACCUGAGGGCGAGUCACAUGGUGGACGCCAAGAUUCGAGCCAAGCUUAUUAAGUCCAGACAGACCAAGGAAGGGGAGUUCAUACCACUGGAGCAGUCAGAGAUCAACCUGGGCUACGAUACCGGAGGAGACAGGCUUCUGUUGGUUGAGCCUCAGACCAUCACCCAUGUCAUCAAUGAAAGCAGUCCCUUCUGGGAAAUAGGGGCUGAGCGUCUGACCAGGGAGAGAUUUGAGAUCAUCAUCAUUCUGGAGGGAAUCGUGGAGGCAUCAGGUAUGACAUGCCAAGCCAGAACUUCCUAUACUGAGGAGGAGAUUCUGUGGGGCCACAGAUUUGAAUCCUGCAUGUCUCUGGAAAAAGGGUCUUACCGGGUGGACAAUGGUGCAUUUGAUAAAACCUUCCCAGUACAUACCCUCACCCUUAGUGCUAAAGAGAAGAGUGAUGAAAAAGAAGACGAGGUCCUCUUUUAGAUCAGUACUAUACACACUGAGCAAACAGCCCUUGUAUUAAUGGAAUUUCAAGGCCAAUACUUGUGAAUGCCUAGGUUUCCCUCCUUAAAAUUAACUUUCCUGUUGUCUUUAAUAUUGUGGAGAAACAUUCUCCAAGAAUUACAUAUUGACAUGCUAAUCUACAGUGCAUUCGGAAAGUAUUCAGACCCCUUGACUUUUUCCACAUUUUGUUACAUAACAGCCUUAUUCUAAAAU